AUUCCUGAUUAAUUGGCUGCUGAGCUAAAUCCUCUGCCUCCCUCCCUUACCCAAUCCAUCCACUACAUUCCCACUUUUUUAAUGGCCAUUACAGUAACUGCCAUAACCUCAUCUUCUCCAACAAUCUUUUUAACCCUUUCAUCGUUGAAGAAUCAAUCCCAAUCGACCUCCUCUUCUUUCAGUAAGUUUGGCGUAAGUUUAGUCUCCAAUGAAGCUACUCCUCUUACCUAUAUCGCAGCAGCAGCCGAGGCAGUAGCAUUAGCAAGCGCCGCCGUUCAGGCGGCGAGAGAGGCUGUGCAAAUUGUUUCUGAAAGUGGAGAGGUAAACGAUGAAAGGGAGAGAAAUGGGAAUGGUGAUUUAGUUGCCAGGAGGAAGAAUAGAAGGGAACGAGCAGUAGGGUCUGAUUUUGUGGCGGUGGAGGAGGAGAAGAAUGGUCAAAAUGAGACAGCUUUAUUUCAGUCUUCAAGUAAUGGGUAUUUAAGCCCAAUUGAGGAGACAGAGUUUUGUCUCUGUCUCAAGGAUCAAGCAAGACUAGAAGCAGCAAGAAGAAGAAUUGCAGAAACUCAAGAACAUGAACCAACUUUAAAGCAGUUGGCUAAGGCCUUAAAGAUGAGGAGGAGAAGUGUAGGGAAGAUACCGUGUAAAGGAAGAGAAUCGCGAAGGAGGAUUACUUAUUACUAUAAGAGACUUGUGGUAUCCAUUGCCAAAAGUUAUCGAGGCAAAGGAUUAAGCCUUCAGGACCUUAUUCAGGAAGGCAGCAUCGGUCUUCUUCGAGGUGCAGAAAGAUUUGAUCCAAGUAGAGGAAACAAGCUAUCAACAUAUGUUUACUGGUGGAUCAGAGAAGCAAUCAUCACAUCCAUAUCUAACAAGUCUAGAAUUGUCAGAUUACCAGGAGGCAUGAGGGAGAAAAAGAAAAAAAUUGCAGAAGCUAGAAUUGCCUUGGAAAAAAGACUAGGGAGGUUGCCUUCUUAUGAUGAGAUUGCUCAAGCCCUGAAUCUUCAUAUUUCAACAGUGAGGAUUGGAUUUGAGAGCAACAGAUUCCCAGUUUCGUUGGAUCGAGCAAUGAGUGAUCAAGGCGGUAUGACUCUGCAGGAGAUCCUACCAGGGCCAGACGAAAUGAUGCCAGAAUAUAUGGUAAAAAGGCAGCUACUGAAGCAAGAAUUGGAUAAGCUUCUUCAGACACUUAGUGAAAGAGAAGCAUAUGUACUGAGAUUAACCUUUGGAUUGAAUGGACAGACGCCUCAGUCGUUCGAGGAGAUAGGAGGAUCUUUGAAGCUGUGCAGAGAGAGGGUUAGACAGAUCAAUAGUAUUGCCUUGUCAAAAUUAAGAGAAAGAAGCAUAUUGGAAAAUUUGGAAGUGUACAUUGUAUAGAAUAUUCUGCUGUUAAAUGUUGAUAAAUAACCAACCAGGGACAAAAAGCUCUUACCUUUUUUUUUAUCAUCUUCUUGCAGAAUUUUUUUUGUCCGUAUAGAAACUAUCGAGUAGGAUCCAAUUUGUAUCAUACUAUCAUAGUACAUUUGACUAGCUCAUGUAAUUGAAGCUUUGUUCAUACAA